AUGGUGAAUAUGGCCUUGGUAGGCUGGAACAUGUUGCCUUUACCCUUCUUGGACGGCAGCGCGUACCUCCGUCUCGUGCUGGUGGAAUACUUUGCGAGGCAGGAUGACCGUGUCUCUCCAUCGUACAUGGCAGAGUCGGACGAUGAAGAAGAAACAUUGGAGGCAAGUUCCACAGAGCAUACCGUGUUGGCCGCGCAUGAACGGCCUUGA